AUGGAACGUGCUAUCGGCAAUCUUGGAAAAGAGAUCCGCCAACCCUCGAAGCCAUUUGCCAACCUUGCUCAGUGUGCCCUCCGACGUUGUCAGACCAACGCUAUCAAGCACAUGUUUCCCGAAGUCGAGCCAGAGCCGCCAUCCCUCCCACGAGGUGCUCAUCCACUAGACAGUGAGCAUGCACUGCUGCGCAAGCAUGAACAGAAAAUUUCCACCCUCCCCACAGCGGAAGCUGAGGUGACGCGGAAUUUUGUUGCGUCUCAGGAUGUUGCUAUUAGUAACAACUGGCAAAACGAGCCGUCGCUUGCGCGCUGGGCAAGGCUGCGCUUGCCCAACGGUCAAACAGCUCGCUCUGCAUGGGGCGAUGAAGGCAAGGACACAAACAACAUCCGCAUGUCUCGCAUGGUAAAGGCUGUCAAGAGCAUCGAGGGCUCCAUCAAGGAUGCCCCCGUACAGGCCAUGCAGAUGCCGACAGGCCCACCAGGGACUAUCAUCGUCCCUACUGAGAACAAGGGCGACCAGCCCAAUGCAAAGUUCUGGCAUCAACGGGACUGGAAGCGGUACACGAAGGCGAAGCGCAUGGCCAGCGGCAUCAGUGACCCAGAAGCCGAGUCAGUAAAGUCAGUGAACAAGGAGCUGGCCUUUGGCUACCUAACGGAUUGCAACGGCAAACACAUCUCUGAAGAUGACCUUGAUGUAGCUUGA